ACACGGUCAGUUUUUUUAGGUUAUAAACAUCAUAACAAUCCUCUCUCCGUUCAACAAUUUGCAUAGCCUCCUCGUUACGUUCUUUCGCGUUUCUGUACCGACUUGCACUCAACGUUACAAAAAUGGUUGUCGAAGAUUCCAAGAGAGGCGCUAAGAACAAAGUGUCGGCGGAGAAGGCAAAGAACCGCAUGCGCGAACUGAGGAUCCGCAAACUCUGCCUGAACAUUUGUGUCGGAGAAUCUGGAGACAAAUUGACCCGUGCCGCUAAGGUAUUGGAACAGUUGACUGGUCAACAACCUGUAUUUUCUAAAGCUCGUUAUACUGUACGAUCAUUCAGUAUAAGAAGAAAUGAAAAGAUUGCUGUACAUUGCACAGUCCGUGGGGCUAAGGCUGAAGAAAUCUUAGAACGUGGUUUAAAGGUUCGUGAAUACGAAUUGAGACGAGAAAACUUCUCUGAUACUGGCAACUUUGGGUUUGGUAUUCAAGAACACAUCGAUUUGGGUAUCAAAUACGAUCCCAGUAUUGGAAUCUAUGGUUUAGACUUCUUCGUUGUUUUGGGACGCCAAGGUUUCAAUGUAGGACACAGAAGAAGAAAGCAAGGAAAAGUUGGAUACCAACAUAGGUUAAACAAGGAAGACGCUAUGAAAUGGUUCCAGACCAAAUAUGACGGUAUCAUUCUUGCAGGGAAAAAGAACUAAUGUUUUUAAAUAUAUAUUUGUUAUUUUUCCAAAGAA